CAGCAUCACCAGUCCUCUUUGAUGCUAGCAAGAUGGGCUCUAUCGCGCGUACGGCGCACCAAUAUCUCAGCUCGAGGAUGUAGCACGCUAUCUCACUCACACAACCGAAUGACAACCAUCACCAACACCCCAACCAAAAGAGCCUCCAUCCAGCAAAAGCAAAAUGCAGUGCGAAGCAGAUGUCUACAAAAUCCCCGGACAUUCUUCACAGACGCCAUUCCCACCGUGCUCAUCCCGCCCACCAUCUUCACCACGCUGCUCCUCGGUCUCUGGACCUGGAAAUGCUUCUGGAUCGUGGUCAUGCAGGACAAACUCCUGUAUAUAGCAUGGCUGCCGCCGUUCGCGCGGUCUGAGCAAAUCGCCGACUACGAAGGGCAAUGCGGUCCCGUGCGGUGGGAGGGGAAGCAGAUCCGGAGUCUGGACGGGACGAAGCUGACUGUUUGCGAGGGGCGGAUGAAGAGCGCGGUGGGCUCUCAUGUUCAUGGUCAUUCAGACGCUACGGCCAGUCUACGCGAUGACCUUCGGAAUUCAGAUCCGACCAAGCCCAAAAAACGCGUCGUGAUCUGCUACUUCCAGGGAAACGGCGGAUCGACGCCCCUACGCCUGCCGCUGCUCUCGGAUAUGCUGCGCACAGUCACGUCCGCGACGGAAGACCCCAGCGUCGAAUACAUCGUCACGGCGCUGUCGUACCGCGGAUACUGGACGUCGUCCGGCCGCGCGACGCAGUCGGGGAUCGAGUUGGACGCGCAGGCCUUCCUGGCCUGGGCAUCGAGGACGUAUGCGGGGCCGGACACGGACCUGCGGCUGGUCCUCUGGGGCCAUAGUCUGGGGUCCGCGAUCGCGAGCACGGCGCUGGCGACGGAUCUGGCUCGUCGGGAUGGCAGAGAGUCCUCUGUGGGGGCGCCGAUCAGCGGGCUGGUUAUGGAAGCGCCGACGUCCAGCACGAAAGACAUGUUGAUCAGUUUGUAUCCGCAGAAGUGGCUGCCGUAUCGAUAUCUGUGGCCGUUUCUGUGGAAUAACUGGGACAGUUCGCGGGCGAUGGAGCGAAUGGCGAAAUGGCGGGAUGAGUGCCCAGGGAUGGAGGCGGAGGUGGAAGAGGAUGGAGACGACGAAAAGACGAUGGCGCCGGGAUUGGGAACCGUGAAGCCGCGACGAAUACAUCGCUCGCUGCCGCCUAUUCUCAUGCUGUCUGCUGAGAAGGAUGAAGUCAUCCCACCGCACGCGGUAGAUCAACUUGAGGCGGAUGCGAGAAGGAUGGGACUGGUCCUGGAGAGAAAGGAUGUAGCUGGUGCGAUGCACACUGAGGCGUUGGUCAAGGUGGAGGGUAAGAGAGCGGUGGUGAACUUUCUGCUUUCUUGUACCUAGCUAGAUAGCUCGCGGUGAAGGAGACGACCGAGAGAGAGAAGGAGAGACGGAGGCUUCUUAGCAUGUAAUAUUCAAUAUCUGAAACUAGAACAGUAGAUAAAAGGACGCUCGACCGGAGGAUUAGCCAAGCAAAGUUGGCAAUUAUCCCCCUCCCCCUUCAAAUCCAGGGACCA